CCCAUCCCCCGGUAACGGUCGCUGGUGAGUUUAAAUGAGCCGGGGCUGGCCGGGCCGGAGUCGCUACGGGGGGGGCCUGAGGCACUGCAGAAAGUGGGCCUGAGCCUCAAGGAUGACGGUGCUGCAGGAACCUGUCCAGGCUGCUAUAUGGCAAGCACUAAACCACUAUGCUUACCGAGACGCAGUUUUCCUCGCAGAACGACUGUAUGCAGAAGUACAUUCAGAAGAAGCCUUGUUUUUACUGGCAACCUGUUACUACCGCUCAGGAAAGGCAUAUAAAGCAUAUAGACUCUUGAAAGGACACAGUUGUACCACCCCACAGUGUAAAUACCUGCUUGCAAAAUGUUGUGUUGACCUCAGCAAGCUUGCAGAAGGGGAACAAAUCUUAUCUGGUGGAGUGUUUAAUAAGCAAAAAAGCCAUGAUGAUAUUGUCACUGAGUUUGGUGAUUCAGCUUGCUUUACUCUUUCGUUGUUGGGACAUGUAUAUUGCAAAACAGAUCGGCUUGCCAAAGGAUCAGAAUGUUACCAAAAGAGCCUUAGUUUAAAUCCUUUUCUCUGGUCUCCCUUUGAAUCCUUAUGUGAAAUAGGUGAAAAGCCAGAUCCUGACCACACAUUUAAAUUAACAUCUAUACAGAAUUUUAGCAGCUGUCUACCCAACACUUGUACAACUCUAGUAUCUAAUCACAAUUUAUCUCACAGACAGCCCGAGACAGUCCUUACAGAAACACCCCAGGACACAAUUGAAUUAAACAGACUGAACUUAGAAUCUUCCAAUUCAAAGUACUCCUUGAAUACAGAUUCCUCCGUGUCUUACAUUGAUUCAGCUGUAAUUUCACCAGAUAACGUCCCCCUUGGAACGGGUACUUCCAUAUUAUCUAAACAGGUUCAAAAUAAACCAAAAACUGGUCGAAGUUUAUUAGGAGGACCAACUGCUCUUAGCCCAUUAACCCCAAGUUUUGGGAUUUUGCCAUUAGAAACCCCAAGUCCUGGAGAUGGAUCCUAUUUACAAAACUACACUAAUACACCUUCUGUAAUUGACGUGCCAUCCACCGGAGCCCCUACAAAAAAGACUUUUUGUGUUUUACAGUCUGUUGCCAGAAUGGGCCAAACUGGAACAAAGUCUGUCUUCUCACAGAGUGGAAAUAGUCGAGAAGUCACUCCAAUUCUUGUCGCACAAACACAAAGUUCUGGCCCACAAACAAGUACAACACCUCAGGUAUUGAGCCCCACUAUUACAUCUCCCCCAAAUGCAUUGCCUCGAAGGAGUUCCCGCCUUUUCACUAGUGACAGCUCAACAGCCAAGGAGAAUAGCAAAAAGCUAAAAAUGAAGUUUCCACCUAAAAUCCCAAACAGAAAAACAAAAAGUAAAACUAACAAAGGAGGAAUAACUCAACCCAACAUAAAUGAUAGUCUGGAAAUUACAAAAUUGGACUCUUCUAUCAUUUCAGAAGGGAAAUUAUCCACAAUCACUCCUCAGAUCCAGGCCUUUAACCUACAGAAGGCAGCUGCAGAAGGUUUGAUGAGUCUUCUUCGUGAAAUGGGAAAAGGUUAUUUAGCUUUGUGUUCAUACAACUGCAAAGAAGCUAUAAAUAUUUUGAGCCACCUACCUUCUCACCACUACAGUACUGAUAGGGUAUUGUGCCAAAUUGGACGAGCUUAUUUUGAACUUUCAGAAUACAUGCAGGCUGAAAGAAUAUUCUCAGAAGUUAGGAGGAUUGAGAACUACAGAGUUGAAGGUAUGGAGAUCUACUCUACAACACUUUGGCAUCUUCAGAAAGAUGUUGCUCUUUCAGUUCUUUCAAAAGAUUUAACAGACAUGGAUAAGAAUUCACCAGAGGCCUGGUGUGCUGCGGGGAAUUGUUUCAGUCUGCAACGGGAACAUGAUAUUGCAAUUAAAUUCUUCCAAAGAGCUAUCCAGGUUGAUCCAAAUUAUGCUUAUGCCUAUACUCUAUUAGGACAUGAAUUUGUGUUAACUGAAGAACUAGACAAAGCAUUAGCAUGUUUUCGAAAUGCUAUAAGAGUAAAUCCCAGACAUUAUAAUGCAUGGUAUGGUUUAGGAAUGAUUUAUUACAAGCAAGAGAAAUUCAGCCUCGCAGAAAUGCACUUCCAGAAAGCACUUGAUAUCAACCCUCAGAGUUCAGUCUUACUUUGCCACAUUGGAGUAGUUCAGCAUGCACUCAAAAAAUCAGAGAAGGCUUUGGAUACCCUAAACAAAGCCAUUGUUAUCGAUCCCAAAAACCCUCUAUGCAAAUUUCACAGAGCCUCCGUUUUAUUUGCAAAUGAAAAAUACAAGUCUGCUUUACAAGAACUUGAAGAACUGAAACAGAUUGUCCCCAAAGAAUCCCUCGUUUACUUCUUAAUAGGAAAGGUUUACAAGAAGUUGGGUCAGACUCACCUUGCCUUGAUGAAUUUCUCUUGGGCUAUGGAUUUAGAUCCUAAAGGAGCCAAUAAUCAGAUUAAAGAGGCAAUUGAUAAGCGCUACCUUCCAGAUGAUGAGGAGCCAAUAACCCAAGAAGAACAGAUCAUGGGAACAGAUGAAUCCCAAGAGAGCAGCAUGACAGACGCAGAUGACACACAACUUCAUGCAGCUGAAAGUGAUGAAUUUUAACUUCUGGAAAUCAGACUUUUGCAGUUGGAUGUGUGGCUAGUGCUGACAUGUUUCUUGUCCCUCCAUAUACUGAGUCUUAACACUUGAGCCGGCACGGUCAUCAUCUUCACUUAGACCAUAGUGUGCCACUUUCAUUGGACCCUGACUGUACACAGAAUGAAAGGCAGUGCAAUCUUUAGCUGCUAACAGGACUGGCUCUUUUACCAGUAUGAAUGACAAUUUGGGGGGAAGGGUGGGGAACUUUUUCUUUUUUUGUUUAAUCUACCUUAGUUGGAAAGCUAUCAUGGAAGGAAGAGUUAUGUUUUAUCUUGAAGGAGCCAUUAGAUAUGGGAAUGGUAAUGAACCAAAAUUUCUUGGUCAUUUUUCCAAAAUUCUGUUUUUUUUCCUUUGGUUCUGUUCCUGUUAGAGUGACUGACCUUCAUUUCUAGGUUCUUCAAGAAUGGUGUUAGCAAGUGCCAGAUGGAACAAUAAAAGACAUUGCCUAUAACAGAGUAAGUUCAUUGCCAAGGAACAUAACUUCCCUUAAGCUUGGAGUGUCUCAUAAACAAAUGUGAUGGGCCUAUUGGGACUCAUGUGGGAGUCAAAUAUCCCUCCAUACAGUGUACACUUAUUCUUGGCAAGAAUGUUUGAAUGUCUAACCAAGAAUUUUAAUUUAUUCAUCUUCAAAGUGUUGAUCAUUGUUGGUAUUGCAAACUUUAAAAUUGGUCCUAAGAUACUGCCUCUUCUCUUUGAGCUCUGUGGGAUUGCCUGUAACAUUCACAAAUGAUGGAGUGGUCCCUGAUGAAAAGCCAAAACCAGGCUCUGAAUAGCCACUUAUGUUUAUAUAAAAAGAGUCAGUAUGAGAACACUAAAGAGAGACUUUGGAGAUCAUGAUAGAAGCCUUAAUAUAGUUGGAGUUGUACCUAACCGUGAGUCUGCAUCUUUUCUAGGAAUGCAAGUAGAGUGCAAGAAUGUGUGACCUUUUUGAGGUCAAGUCCAUUCUUUUCAGCUCUCUGUGACAUAUUGUUGGUAGUUUGAGUCACCAAAACUUAUACUGAGAGUAAUUAAUUGGAUUUAAAAUACUGAAAAUUCUUAGCCUGUGGAAAAGUUUAUGAAAGAGACAGAUUCUCUUCUGAGUUCAUCAUAAUAUGGUUAGUGUGUUUGGGAAUGGCCACUGUUUUAAAGAUCUAAUUAUGCAUAUAAAUGGGAAUUAUUGGAAUUUCACAGUAACAGAUUUAAACAGUCUUAAAUUGUGUAUCUCCUUUAUUGUAAUGUAUUGAAAAUUUUAGAGAAACUUUAGUUAACAUUUUAUUAAGUGCCAAUGUCAGAAUAUAACAAAUUAUAGUUUCUUAUGAGUGACAGGCCUACAGUUAUUAUUUUGGAUAAUUUGAUGAAGGAAAAACUUAACUCACUGGUUACUUGUAUUUGUUAGUCAAGCUGUGAAAAUAAGGUGGAUUACAAAAGAUGUGAAGAAAAUGUUUUAGCCUGUAGGCUCAGUCAUUUCCUGUCAGUUACUUAAUCUUCUCAUCCAGAUGUGAAUUAGAUACCAUUAUUAAUUCAAGUCAAAGUCUUGGGUUAGGUAUUAGGUGCCAGAGAAGCAUUUGAGAUAACUUCCUGCCUAAAUCUAUGUAUGUGUACUGUCUAAAAAGAAAUAAUUUAUGAGGAAAAGGAAAAGUUGGGAAUAAAUGAAUAUCAUUAAAAAUUCCCAAAAGCUAGCACUUCAUUCUAACAGAUAUUCCAUUUUAUUAUUCAUUAGUUAUGUAAAAUUUAAUUUUCAUUUCUUUUAUUUUUUUAAUUAGCAAAUCAUAAGCCAGCUAUAUACAUAUAUAUAUAUUACAUUAUCAGAUCUAGAGUUUCAUAGAAAGCUUUCCCCUGAGUUCUGUUGCAGACCUAGAGAAAGCUAAGUGCAGAACUUUAUUUGCUGAAUGUAAUUGCCUUUUUUUUGUAGGAAUUUAUGUCCUGUGCCAGAGAGAGUUUCUGGUACUGAUUUUGAGACAAAGGAUAGAGGCAUAGUUGUGGCAGUGGCUGGCUAUAGAGACAGUCACAGACACUUGGCCAGCUUUCUGUUUCCUCACACCUGCUUUUAACAUCUCCAUACUGGAGCCUUAUUGCCACGUAGUAGCCAUUUCUUCUUAGGUUUCCUUUUCUUUCUGUCUUUUCCUUUUUUUUCCCCUUUUUUGUUUUCUUUUUGCAGAAUAGGGAUCAAACAACCAGAAACACACUUUGGUAAGCCCAAUUGUUUGUUUCAAAUUUCAGACAUGCGCUGAAGGAAAUUAAGAAUACUAAGUACUUUGCUGUCAUUUUUCACACCUUUACAUGUGUAUACAUAUAUAAAUACAUACUCUCACACAAAAGUAUGUUAGCGCAUUGGAUUUUUUUUUCCCGUGGAAAUGGUUGUUGCACCAGGAUUUUAGAAGGUUAGAAUAUUUUUCAGGAGAACAGAUGGUACUCAAAAUAAUGAAAGGUGGUCUCUUAACUCUUUCUGUAUUUUGUUACUUAAAAUCUUUUAUCCAAGAACUGCAAGUAACAUUUGAACUAUGCUGCUGUUGUACCUUAAACAAAACUCAGUGAUAACCAGUGUUUAGUCUAUUAAAACAUUCUUUUUGAAGAAAACAGUUUGAAAGUCUCUGAUUAGCCAGAGUACGGUAUAGGUCUUCACUGAAAAAAAAGUGGCAGACAGCCCAUUUUCUUUGGGAAAAUGCAAGUGUGGGUGUGAUAAGUGUGUUCUAUUUGCAUUGAAACAAUGUACUUUUGUGUCUUCUUUUUGCUUUUCCUGACUUGUUUCAGAAAUUGUAUAGUCUUUGGGGGGAAAGUCUUUUCUGUUAAUAUAUUUACAGUUCAUUAAAGGAUAUGGAAAAUCCAAAUAAAUUACUUUUGAAAGCAGUUUAUAAUCAAGGUGUUAAAGCUGUGCCCUCUGCACUUUUAUACUGCAUCACAGCAGCCUAGUGAUGAGAGAUCAGUUUCAUGUUCUAUUCCACUCUUUUUAAUAUAUAUAUUAAAGUUCAUACCCUUUUUAGUAUUAUUUGGAAUUUCAAAAUAAAUAUUAUGACAAAAAACAA